CUCCGCUAUGCUCUAUCGCGCUGCCAUCCCAUCCUCAUCAUGGCCUCCAAAAAUCCGCGGCUGCGUUCGAGAAUGAGCACGAGCAGACUAGCCGUUGGCCCUUUCCUUCCCCGCGCGGAAAUGAACAACGUCAAGCCGAAACAGAGGCACCGGUAGAGGGGUGCGCGCCGGGGGAUAAAGCCUCCGAGCUCAUGCCACCCCGGUCUCCUCGAUGUCUUCGUCAAAAGCCACGUACAGCCAUUUGACAAAGAGGGGUGCGAACCCGGGCCGCGGCAGCACUGGCGACAGAAACAUGAACACGAACAAUGAUUAUUCUAUCAAUCUAUCAGUGCAGCAAGUGCUGAGCCUCUGGGUGCAAGGCACGACGCUGCAACAUUUCACAGAGAUGUGGUACUGGGUGUUCCUGUGGUGUCUGUUCUCCUCUCUCUUGGUCCACGGGGCGAUGGGCCUCCUCAUGUUAGUCAUGUUGCAGCGCCACAAGAGGGGUCGCCUCAUCACCUUGGUCCUGGUCAGUCUGGGUUUCCUGGCCUCCCUGGCCGGAGGGGUCAUCACCAGUGCGGCGGUGGCUGGGGUGUACAGGGUGGCAGGGAAGGACAUGGCCCCUCUCCAGGCCCUGGUGUUUGGAGUGGGCCAGACCACCCUCUCUGUUCUCAUCUCCUUCUCACGCAUACUGGCCACUCUCUGAAGAGAUGGCCCGUCCACACAGAUGGACAGACUCACUGACGGAUGGAUAGAUAAGACACAGGAGAAGAGAGAGAGAGAGAAAAGGAGAGACUGGGCACGGUGUGCGGGAGACCAGGGUUCACAUCCGACCAGUUACACACACAGCCCUAUGGGUGAACUGUGGUGGCGGUUAACUUCACGUUGUGAACACAGUAAAUUAGCUGAAGACGGUGGUUUCCCAGAUGUCCCAGAUGUCCCAGACAUUUAGGGAGGGAUGCAGAAGAGAUAGUA